AUGGAUCUCUCCAUGAAGGUUGUUGUGGUUGUUCUCCUGCUUCUUGUGACCGCAGAGGACCAGGGACCAGUGCAGCUAGCUUUGGCGAGGGACUGUCAGUCAAAGAGCUUCAAGUUCAAGGGGAUGUGUGUGCGCGAUGAUAACUGUGCAAGUGUUUGCCUGGUCGAGGGUUUCACCGGAGGCAGGUGCAAGGGCUUUUGGCACCGUUGUUACUGCACCAAGGACUGCUAG